UCCUGUUGGCCCUGGAGGAGGUCCAGAACAUCUCGCUGCAUGUCACUGAGAACAUACGACUGAGUGUGUUAGCGUCUGUAGUUCGCUAUCUCGAGAGGGAAAAUGACUUUGACAAAAAGAGGGUGUUGCUGCAGUGCUUUGGGAGAGUCUUAACCAGCUUGAUGCAGACAGCAAGAGACGCGACCAGGGAUGAAGUCUCCAUCAUCAAGGCGUACUUCAGUAUACCGCUGAGCAUCUUGAGCUCAGUGCUCAGUGCAUCUCACAUCACCACCGUCAGACUGAUCCUUCAGUACUACAGCAGGAACAAGGAUACGCUGCAGUUGCCCAACAAGUACCUGUCCACCAUGGUGUCAGUGCUGUUCCAGACCCACCUGGUGAAAGACGGUAGUCUCUUCCCAGAGCUGGCUCCCCUGCUCGCUGCAGCCAGCCCGCUGACAUCCAGGCUUUGCCCUCACUGCAGAACAACAUCAAUGUGAGGGAGACCAUUAACAGACACUUGGAGCACAUGACUCUGGAACAACGUCAGGCGUUUGGCUUGUGGUACAGCAAAGUUAUGCCCCCCUCCACCAUUGCAGGUCAUGAGUCACUCAUCAGGGACACAGGAAACCUGAUCGCCUACCUGCCCUUCCACAACUUCCAACACCUCUCAUCUGCUCAGCUGUUGGACGGCCUGCAUGUGUUGCAGAGAAACACCCUCACUUCUCUAAAGCAGGAGUUUAUAGCUCACAGCCUAAUUGGCACCUACAAAAACCUGACAGCUCAGGAUUUCACCAGGCUGGGUAAUCUCACAUGCCUGGCAGACCCAGAGGACCUCCUUCUGUACAAAGACACUCAAGUCUUCAGUGUCAUCCGGGACAUCGUAAUGAACUGCACACGUGAGGGACUCAGUCUACCCAGCCAUCUGACUUCCAGUUUAAUACUGAACAGUCCAGAAUUAAAGGUCCCCUCGUCACUCAGUCCUGAUCGACUGGGAGAUCUUGGUCCGCUCCUGCCCUCGCUGGGUGUGACUUUCCUGCAGGAUGUCAGACCGUCACAGCUGCUUGCUGCCCUCCCUGCCAUCAACUCUGUUCCCUUCAGCCCUGCACAGGCAUCCAUGAUUGUAGACAAGAUGUCUUCAAGUAGCUCCCUGACCGCUCCGGGAAAACUGCAGGAACUCGGCUCCCUCAUUGUGGGAAUGAAGACAGAGACAUUGUUGACCAUCACCUCUGACAGGCUACUCUCAUCACUGCCCGCCAUGGCCCAGUAUAUACCAUGCCUCAGCCCGCAAGCCAAUGCAAUCUCCACUAAGCUAUGGGGCUUCCCAGAAGUGAUCUUUUGGUUGGACGAAGUGGAGCCGUUGCUCUGGUGCACGCCACUGCUCAGCAUCCAUCCCAGGACUCAUGUGCUCAUGAACAACAUCACCGCUGCAUUCACAAAACCCUGGAAUACACAGCAGGCUAAAGCACUUUUCCAAGAGGUGCUUGAUACUAACCCAGACCUAAGUGAACAAGACUUUCUGAAACUGGGAACGGUGGGUCAGGGUGUGAGCUGCAAGUUCUUACAGGAACGUUUCAAGGCCGAUCCCUCACCGUCCUCAGUGAGAAGAAUCCUGGCCUUCCUCCGGCAGCAGCCUCGUCCCCUUCACACCACACUGAAAAAGUGUGUGAUCGAGGAGGUGUAUCAUUUUAAGUUCUUCUCUGAGCUGCUCAAAGAUCUUGGAGCUGAGAUUGCCCUGUCCAUGCCGGUGAGCACCAUUAAGAAGUUUCCUACAGAUGUGAUGGACACUCUGAGGAAGAUGAUCGUUGAGCAUCCUCUUCCCUUUCAGAUGCUGCCGAGAACAAAACAGGAGCUGCUGGUGGACAAAAUUGUGCAGAGGAUGGACAUGUACACAGGGGUGUUCACUGAGCAGGAGUUUCGUUCACUUGGCAUUAUGGCUCCGUUUGUGGUGGAUGAAGUUUUCAUUCAGCUUGACCGCAACUUCUUCAUCGACAAUCUGGAUUUCCUGCAGGGACUCUGCUACAGCAGCACCAAGAUGGACAUUGUGGCUCGUAUCCUGCAAGAUGUCUUUGGCCCAGUCAGCAGCUGGAGCCAGACGACACUCAGUCAGGUGGACCGGUUUCUCUUCUUCCUGCCUGACGACAAACUGCAGGAGAUUUCACUGGCGUUGAUGACCGUGGGACGAAUAGAGAAGCUGUUCAUGAGCCAGCGUCGGUGGGAACGUGGGGAUGUGGGGGUGCACUGUUUUGAAGAGAAGGAGAAGAAGAGAUUUUUUGAAAAGCAACAGUUUGUUCUGCAGUUUUUCCUGGGCUUCCUUAAAUUGAAUUUCAUGUCCGCGACUCCCAUGGUUCCUACCUGUGAGAUUCUGCAUACAACAGCUCCCUCUGCCUGGACCUCCAGCAGUCUGACCAGCAUGUCCACAUCAGCUUUCUCCAACUGUCUGGAGCUGAUGGGUCAGGACCCGUUCCUUGCACCCUACCAGCGCAGCCAGGUGCUCCAGAGAGUCAAAAAGAUAUAUGGCCCUGUCUCGUCCUUCUCCCAGUCUCUGAUCACUCAGCUGGGUGGAAUAGCGGUAGAGUUGUCAGUAGAGGAGCUGAGCAGCCUACGUCUGACUGAGCGAAGGAGCAUCGCUGCUCUGGGUGCUGUCGGUACCUGGAGCAACAGACAGCUCUCUGCACUGUUCAACGGCGUGUUAAACUCCACGAAGCAGCAGCAGCAGCAGCAGCGGAGUCAGAGCCAGCUUGACUCCAGCACACUGGUGGCGAUGGGACACAUUGUGUGUGGAGCUAAAGCCAUAGAGAUGAAUUCUUUCAAUGCCGUCGAGUUCAGUAAGGCGGUGCUCUGGCUGGGUCGGCUGCGGCUGUCCUGCUCAGAGGAGCAGCUGGAAGUUCUCGUUAAGCUGCUGGCCCACAGUCUUGCUUUUGGACCCAUAAGUUCUUGGGGCACUGAUGUCUUCAUGGAGAUUGGCGUUCUGACAGCUGGUCUCCCAGACAUGGCGAUGUCAGCUUUGGUGAAAGAGCAAAUAGAAGGAAUCACACCUGAGGCCAUCUCAAUCAUACCAUCUAAAAAGUUUGCUGUGGUGUUUGACCAGAGAAAGAUCAGCAUGUUUUCCUAUGAGCAGGCGUCUGCGGUGACUGAGGCGCAGCGCGCUGCUCUGUCAGAUCUUCAGAAGAAAGCUUUGGCUAUGGUGCUGACACCGUGGGAGGACAGGUCUGCAGACUUUAGAGGCAGGUCACCGGGGCUGGCACUGAGCCACAGUCCUCUGUGUCUCAUACUGGGACUGCUGAUGCUGCUGGUACUGCCCUGCCCUGACCCGAUCUGCCCUGGCACAUGACCCCACUCACCCCUGCUGGACUGGGACACAAGCUCCUCAAUUGCAUAUCCAAGAUGAUCUGUGCAAUACCAUACCUCCUUGAAAUAAGCAGCACUUCAGGAUUUCUACACAGAAUAAUUAAUGAGAUCGUAUUCUGUUUUGUGCAACUGUCACUUAUAUACAUAUCAACAUUCAGCACUGGAGAGUUCUCAAAAAAAGAGAACAAUUUCAACAGUUUAAACAUCCAUUAAGUAGAUCCAACACCAGCAUAAUUAUUUUCAUACACUUGGCUUAUUUAUUUAUUUUUUUAAAACCUCUAAGAAAACCUACUGUCCCUGAUAUAUCCAUCUCAGGGAUGUGACGCCAUACCCAGAAAAACAACCCAAACACUUAAAUACAGUUGUGAUACAGUUAU